AGAGCGCGUAAAAGCGCGUUGGACUCAGAUUACAGCCAUGAGCGUCUCCUCUAGUGCGCAUACUCAUAUGAGGAACUCCAGAUGUGGACAUCGUCUCUGUCAGGUCAGGCAGACCUUCGGAGGGGACAGAAGCUAUCUAUCAUGUUAGCCUUCACACUUGGUCUGUUUUUAUUGCCGCUCUGCGGUACGGUCUACACGGGACCUUUGCUCCCUGAAAUGUCCAACGGGACUUUUCACCACUUCUUCGUCCCCGACGGUGAUUACGAGGAGACCGAAGACCCGGAGAAAUGCCAGAUGCUUUUCAAAUGGAUCGACCGCAGACCAUGUCCACUGGAGGAAGACCAGGACUCGCUCAUUCGAGAGGAUUUUAUCAUCAUUAAACAACAGAUUGAAGACGCAGCGCGCGUUCUGGAGAGCCUUGGGAAGAGCAUUUCCUACGACCUGGACGGCGAGGACAGUUACGCGAAAUACCUGAAGAGGGAGAUUGUGCAAAUCAGUGAUGCAUUUACAAACGUGGAGAAAUCUCUUCUGGAGUUGGAGACAAAAUUCAAGCAAAGCCAGGAGACGGAGCAAAGAGAGGAACAUGAGUUCACCAAUAACUUUAUCAACCCCAUGUAUAGUGUGAGGGACACCCUGCAGGAAACUCUGGACAUCUCCUCCGGACUCAAGGAUAAACAUGAACUUAUCUCUCUGAUCAUUCGGAGUCAUGGGUCGAGGUUAAGCCGACUGAAAAAUGACUACCUGAAUGUUUAGACUCACAGAUAUUCUGGACAGACUACAGUCCUAGUUGGGUUGUUAUUGCAUCUCUGUUAAAUUCUGGAUCUCUUAAAUUUCCCAUGCAUGAAACU